CGAUGGCCUCCCCCUGCAGCCUCUCCUCGGCGGCCCCCUCCAUCCGCCUCUCGCCCGCCACCUGUAGCCUCUUCGACGAGCCGCUGGCCAUCGCCGUGCAGGGCCUGGGCCCGCGGCAGCCGAUCACGCUGCGGGCGUCCUUGCGGGACGAGACGGGCAAGCUCUUCCAGACCUGCGCCCGCUACCAAGCCGGCUACGACAGGGAGCUGGACCUCGCCCGCUGCCCCGCUCUGCCGGGAGGCAGCUUCUGCGGCCUGGAGCCCAUGGGGCUGCUCUGGGCUUUGCAGCCCCAGAAGCCCUUCUGGCGGCUGGUGAAGCGGAACGUGCAGACCCCCUUCGUCCUGGAGCUGGACGUGUUUGAUGGACACGGGGACCCUCCCGGGCAGCUCCUGGCCCAGGCACAGCACGAGCGGGCGUGCCUUCAGGAUGGGGUGUGCAGAGUCCCGGUCCGAGAGGGGAGGAUUCGGGCAACGCUUUUCCUGCCUCCUGGAGAAGAACUCUUUCCAGGGGUCAUCAACAUACAUGGAUACACAGGAGGAGAUCUUUUUGACCACAGAGCCGGCCUGCUGGCCAACCACAGCUUUGCCACAUGGGCCCUGGCUUAUUACCAAUAAGAGGAGCUGCCCCAGGAGCCAACUGAAAUCCACAUGGAAUAUUUUGAAGAGGCACUGAAUUAUAUGCUGCAGCACCCACAGGUGAAGGCAUCAGGGGUUGGCCUGCUCAGUUACUCCAAAGGAGCUGAUCUGUGUCUCACCAUGGCCGCCUUCCUCAAGAACAUCACUGUCGUUGGUUCCCUCAAUGGCUCUAUGGCCAUUACAAUUGUUCCUCUGUGUUACAAAGAUAAAACCAUCCCUGUUUUGGUCAUCGAUGAACAACAGGUCAAGGUCAUUGAUUCCAAUAUUCUUGAUUUAACUGACAUCUUCAUGAGCCCCUUUCAAGCCUCUGGCAACCAAAGCCUGAUCCCACUAGAGAAAGCUGAGGCACAGUUACUAUUCAUUGUGUGACAAGAUGACCAGUUUUCUAAAAGUGUCUAUUGUGCUACUGAAGUCUGCAAGCUUCUGCAGGCAGGGAAGGAAAACUUUAAGAUUCAAUCCUACCCUGGAACAGGGCAUUGCAUUGACGCUCCCUUUUUCCCUUUGUCCCCCAUAGGAAACCAUCCCAUUCUUCACAAGCAGGCAGUCAUGGGUGGGGAGCCUGGGGCUCAUUCCAGAGCCCAGCUUCAUGCCUGGCCACAGAUCCAGGCUUUUUUUCCACAAAUACUUAAAUGA